GAGCCGCUCGCACUCCGACCAGCUCCACCGUCCCAACGCAGCUCCGCCGCCGCCGCCGCCGCCUCUCCUCCUCCUCCUCCUCGACGGACUUUCGGCAACUGCCCCGCAGCCUCCGCCGCCGCCAUGGACGCCAUCAAGAAGAAGAUGCAGAUGCUGAAGCUGGACAAGGAGAACGCGCUGGACCGCGCCGAGCAAGCCGAGGCGGACAAGAAGGCCGCCGAGGAGCGCAGCAAGCAGAUGGAGGAGGACAUUGUGCAGUUGGAAAAGCAACUGCGGGUCUCGGAGGACGAGAGGGACCGCGUCCUGGAGGAGCUGCAUAGCGCCGAGGACAGCCUCCUCACCGCGGAUGAGAAUGCCACCAAGGCCGAGAGCGAUGUGGCUUCUCUGAACAGGCGCAUCCAGCUGGUGGAGGAGGAGCUGGAUCGUGCCCAGGAGCGCCUGACAACAGCCCUUCAGAAGCUGGAGGAGGCCGAGAAGGCGGCCGAUGAGAGCGAGAGAGGCAUGAAGGUCAUUGAGAGCCGGGCCCUGAAGGACGAGGAGAAGAUGGAGAUCCAGGAGAUCCAGCUGAAGGAGGCCAAGCACAUCGCUGAGGACGCCGACCGGAAGUACGAGGAGGUGGCCCGGAAGCUGGUGAUCAUUGAGAGCGACUUGGAGCGUGCAGAAGAGCGGGCCGAGCUCUCCGAAAGCAAAUGUGCUGAACUUGAAGAGGAAUUGAAAACUGUGACCAACAACCUGAGGUCGCUGGAAGCUCAGGCGGAGAAGUACUCUCAGAAGGAAGACAAAUACGAAGAGGAAAUCAAGAUCCUGACUGACAAACUGAAAGAGGCUGAGACCCGAGCUGAAUUUUCAGAGAGGUCAGUGACCAAGUUAGAGAAGAGCAUCGACGACUUAGAAGAUAAGUGUCUUUGUUUCACUCCUCCCAAGACCUCUCUUUCGUCAGCCUGGGUGAACCAUCUUUUCCAAGCUGCUGUCCGGUUCCUUGCCCUCCCCUCCCGCUCCCCCCUCCCCUCCUGGGGCUCCUCCCCCACCCCUCACCUGCCCUCCCCUCUCCCCACUUUGGGCCUUUCAGCUGUACAGGAACUCUACAACUUUCACUGUAAAAUAAAUGAAAAAUCCCGACGUCGUUAUCUCUUUCGCUGCUCCUUUUGCCUUUUAUUUAUGUCCUCCAUUUCAAGUAUGAAUAAAGUUAAAACAUUUGCUUUCUUCUGUUAGGGAUUCAUUCUAUUAUUUUCCUUUUCCACCCGCCUUUCUUUUUUUCAUCCUUUUUUCUCCCCCUGCCCCUUUCGCAGCUCUUCUGGCAGGACGGAGCCUGUGCAGGGAGGGGGGUUAGCAGCUUCGAGGGGGUGGCAGGGGUCUCUGAAGGGAGGGGGCUUUGGGGAUGGGGUGGGAUGGGGCGGGGCAAGAGCGGAGGCCGUCGUGGAUGGCUUGGGCUGAGUAGAAGGGGUUGCAGUGGGGAAUGCACACCUGGAGGCCCCCUGCACAUUUGGUGGGGGAAUAGGCUGGGGAAGAGGGAAGGCCAUUGGCUGAAGUGGGCUGGGCUUAGCCUAAGCCAUUUUGGCUCCAUCAGGAAGCCACGGUUGGGUUUUGACCAACCCCAAACCGGGUUAGUGUAGAGAUGGUUGUGAAAAGCUAGUUAGUCCCUGCCCCAAAGACCUUUUCCACGCAGGGGUCAUCGAUCCCACCACCUUCCUCCCCCCGUGGCUCUUGAAGCCCAACCAGGAGGCUCCUUGAGUGGCUGUGCCUGGGGCCGUUCCAGCAGCCCAGAGAGGGAGCCCCGGGGAGCUCCCCCAGCAGCAGGCCUGUCUGCUCCCACAUAGGCUACACAAAAGAGCCUCCUCUCGGUCUUCUGCAAAUUGAGGCUCUGGCUUCUCCAAGCCUCCCGUGAAGUUCUGGAGGCCUUGCUCGUCACAUCCCCUAAAGCAGUGUUUCUCAACCUUGGCAACUUGAAGAUGUCCGGACUUGAGAAACACUGCCCUAAAGAAUCCAGGAGAACCUGGGUGGGGGACUCGGGACUAGCCAGAGUCACCUGCACAGAACCCAGGCUCGGAGGUGUCUCAGGUGAGAAUUGCAAGCAAGGUCUUAUGUAGGAGCUCACAGGGACGGGGAGGCAGAGAUAGUUUGAAGACUCUGGGUGGGCAGAGGAGGUCUUGGGCCAGGACCUGUCUGUCUCCCUUGCUGGAACCAGCCAGUCCUGCCUUAUGGCCACCACCAGCACCUGCCCAGCCCUCUCCCUUGUGGAAGCCAGUGGACAUCUUCUGAGUGGGAGAGAUGGGUUGUUCCCCACGGGGCUGAGCGAUGCAUGGCCCUCCACUGAGGGUGGAACUGCCUUCCUUCCUUCCUUCCUUCCUUCCUUCCUGAGAUACUUCACCAAAGGAGGUACGGGGCUCCUGCCUUGGUGUGUCUGAUCUGUCCUACUAAACCGACUCUACGGGGUGGCGUUUCCCUCUAACCGUUUCUCUUCUUUCUGCCUUUUUCCUUCCUCCUCUUCCUCCUUCUCCUGUCCACUUGCCGACUUGCACAGACCAGCUCUACCAGCAGCUUGAGCAAAACCGGCGUCUCACUCAUGAGCUAAAGUUGGCCCUGAAUGAGGACUAAGCUUCCGUGCUUCCUAACCCAGGUCUCUCGACUCGCCUGCCGCCCAACCACGCGAGGGGCCUGUGUCUGCUGCCGCCGGUUGGGGCUGAAGCUGGGGGGGGGGGGCUAGGAGGCUUUCAGGUUCUGUCUCAGCCUUAAGAUGGGCUACGCUCUGGAUCAUGGUCUGAUUAAAGGGAGGCCACCGAGGAGUCUCCUCCUUGGGAGGGGUGCUUUUACUAGCAAUUCUGCUCUGGGGGGGGGGGAUAUGCUGAAAUUGGAACCGUGGUGACGUUUGCUUCCUGUGGGGCCCAGGAAUGAGGUCUCAACACUCACUUUUCUAGCCCAGGUCACCUGUUGUUGGUCACCUCCGCUUGUGGUACCUUUGCAUCAUUGUGAAACGGCUGUUGCUGUGUUGAUCGUAUGUGGAUCCCGAGCUUCUGUGCUUUUGUCUCCCAUCACAGACGUGUAUUUAAUCCUUUCCUACACAGUAUGCAUGUGACUUUACCCUGUGAAAGACGCUCCACUUUUCCCCAGCAGCAGAAAAAUCCCUGAAAUUUCCCCAGCAGACAGAGAGCUGCCUCUUUCCUCCACCCUUCUACCAUUUCUGCAGUCCUGGUGGAGUAAAAUUGCAAAAUGCUUCGGUCAACAUUUUUAGUACAUGGAUUUCUCUUUUCUUUCUGCUGCAACUUAACUCUCCCCCCACCUUUUUAAAUUUG